AUGCGUUUCGCUCCGGUCUUCCUUGCCGCUGUCGCGGCCCAGGGCGCCAUGGCUGCCCCCCGCCGCCCCGGCGAUGCUGUCGCGACUAAGGGCAAGGUCUUCUCUUGCGGUGCGCCCGAGCCCAGCCCCGAGCAUAUCAAGAUCUCGCAGGCCUUCGCCACCCAGGAGCUUCAGGCUCUUGCCUCGGGCAACUACUCCAUCAAGGCUGUCACCACCAUUGACGCCUACUUCCAUGUUGUCGCCAAGAACACCUCCCUCAGCGGUGGCUACCUGACCGAUGCCAUGCUCAACAACCAGCUCAACGUUCUCAACGCCGCCUAUGCUCCUCACGGCUUCCAGUUCAACCUCAAGGGUAUCACCCGUACCGUCAAUGCCAACUGGGCUGAUGACACCAAGGGCUACGAGAUGACCAUGAAGAGGUCCCUCCGCAAGGGCACCUACCGUACCCUGAAUGUCUACUACCUGUACGAGAUGGGUAGUAACCUCGGCUACUGCUACUUCCCUCAGUCCGUCACCUCGGGCUCGACUGCGUUCUACCGCGACGGUUGCACCGUCCUCUACAGCACCGUCCCCGGUGGCUCUCUCACCAACUACAACCUCGGCCACACCACCACCCACGAGGUUGGCCACUGGAUGGGUCUCUACCAUACCUUCCAGGGCGGCUGCACUGGCAGCGGUGACUACGUCUCCGAUACCCCCGCUCAGGCCUCCGCCUCCAGCGGCUGCCCGAUUGGCCGUGACUCUUGCCCGUCUCAGCCUGGUCUUGACCCCAUCCACAACUACAUGGACUACUCUUAUGACUCGUGCUACGAGGAGUUCACCGCCGGUCAGCAGGCUCGCAUGGUCAGCUACUGGAACAACUACCGCGCUGGCAAGUAA